AAAAAUAAUAAAAAAAUCUGUCUUUCCUGCUGCAUUUGAACUCUGCUUUUGUACAUGGAAAGAAAAAAAACCCAACCCUGAAUGUUUAGUUAUUCUGUAACCAGGCAUUUCAGGUCAAAGACACUGAAGGGAUCAAAAAAGAUAAGCAAAAUUAAAACACCAAGGUCAGAGAAAUUCUUCCCAAGAGUAGUGAAGACAAAUCCGAGGAGGAAACAGAACACAAAUCAGAUCUUAUCUCCACUUUGCUUCCUGGCCAAAGAUGCUGAAAGUAUCUCCAAGAAGUAAAAAAGAUAUCUCCCAUUAACCAGUGCCAGUGUUGUCAGGGGAGACACAGAAUCACAUACUCACACCCUGGCUGGAGAGGAGUGCUCCUGAACGCUUUUGUCAUUCUCUGGAAAAGGGGCUGGAGUGUACCUCACCUGUUGGACUGGCCUUCACACAUGACUCAGGAGCAGAAUGAAUCACAGCUCGUAGCAUACUCAGAGCAAGAGCACAGGGAACCUUGUAUUACACCACGGUGCUCAGAGGAGAUGUCUUCGGAUGACAGGGCUUAAAGAAGAAAUGUAGCUUCCUCCCUGCUGGGAACUGCAUGUUUCUGGAAUCUCCACAUUGAAGAAAUACUGUGAAGGCGUGAUCCAUCCCACCUGCAUAUUCAAAUAUGAAGUUCUUCUGGAUAAUUCCAUUUUUCCUGCUGCAAGCUGAGGCAGAGCACAAGUACCUCCCAACCACCCUGGCCAGCACACACGUGGACGAGCACACAGCAGGCAAUGUUACCCUUCCACUGGGCUUGGAACCGGAACAGCUGGAGGAGCUGCUCUGGUUCUUCCGCAGAGAAGACCCCUCAACAUGGAAUUACUCUGUUCUUGCGCUUUCCCUUGCGACCAUGAUUUUGGGUCUUGUUCUUCUGACCAUUAACAUUGUGCGAAACAGGAAAAGGAAGACUCUCGUAAACGGAGAAGCAUCAGAAACCACACAGGAGGCGGACCUGGAUGCCAAGCAAGCCCUGGUGCCUGUGCAGGAAUACAGCCCGGCCAAGCCACUAAAGCAGGAGCCAGGGCCCCAGGACCAGAGACCAGGGGAUGUGACAGUGCAGUGGAAGGACGGGACUGUCACAUCCCUGUACACAGAGAUGUCUGAGGAGGCCAUAUAGUGGCAGCUGAAGUCAGCCCAUUUAGGCCUUAAGGAAGGCAUUGAAAUCUCAGUUCAUAGAGGUGCAAGUUUAAAAAUGCAGUUUUGCCUGGGGAAAGAAAAGGGUGAAACAAGAAAGCAGCAGAGUUGCACCUGCAGGAGGGGCCCUGAGCUCAGCUGCUGCCUGGCUGGUGUUCCCUCACUGCUCUCGGCUGCUUCCAGCCUUCCCUCCAGUGCCAGCUUCGUCUCCUCCCUCAGGUGCUGCAAACAGGUGGGAGCUGAGCCAGGAGAGGAAGUGGGAAGCUUGGCCUGCUGUCAGCCAGGGAAAGCACCCUCACUUCCCAUCAGGAAAACAGCAAUACUGAAGCUGAGGCAUUUUUAUUCUUUUCAGAAUCUUCUUUAUUAAAAUACUUUCCAAAGUGGUUGAUCAAACUGCCAUAUUGAA